GGUUGCUAGGAGACAGGGCUUCCUCAAAACAGACAGGGGUUCCGCUGAAGCGUCUCAGAAUCCGGUCACCAUGUCGGACCCAGAAAUUAAUGACCUGCGAAGCACCUUUCCCUCUUACAUGGCGGAGGGCGAGCGAUUCUAUCUACGCGGGGAGUACUCUAAAGCAGCCCAAAGCUUCAGCAACGCUCUUCACCUUCAGAAUGGAGAUAAGAACUGCUUGGUUGCCCGUUCCAAGUGCUUCCUGAAGAUGGGAGAGUUGGAGAAAUCCCUGAAGGAUGCUGAAGCCUCACUCCAGGGUGACCCAACCUUCUGCAAGGGGAUUUUGCAAAAGGCUGAGACCCUGUACACCAUGGGAGACUUUGAGUUUGCCUUGGUGUUCUAUCAUCGAGGCUACAAGCUGCGGCCUGAUCGGGAAUUCAGAGUUGGAAUUCAGAAAGCCCAGGAAGCGAUCAACAACUCAGUGGGAAGUCCUUCUUCAAUUAAGCUGGAAAACAAAGGGGACCUUUCCUUCUUAAGCAAGCAGGCUGAGAGUAUGAAAACCCAGCAGAAGCCUCAUCUUGUGAGAAACUUCUUACAUCACCCCAAAAGAGAGUCCAAGCAGAGGUAUUCGUUCAAGAGUGAGAAGACUCUCCGCCAGCUCCUGGGCGAACUCUACGUGGACAAGGAAUAUCUGGAGAAGCUCCUGUUGGACAAAGACCUGAUCAAAGGCACCAUCAAGCGUGGCCUGACUGUGGAGGACCUCAUCAUGACAGGCAUCCACUACCUGGACACCCGCAGUGACUUCUGGAGGCAGCAGAAGCCCAUCUACGCCCGGGAGCGGGACCGGAAGCUGAUGCGAGAGAAAUGGUUGCGGGACCGCAAACGCCGUCCCUCGCAGACAGCCCGUUACAUCCUCAAGAGCCUGGAGGACAUCGACAUGUUGCUGACCAGUGGCAGUGCUGAAGGCAGCCUUCAGAAAGCUGAGAAAGUGCUGAAGAAGGUGCUGGAAUGGAACAAAGAAGAAGUGCCCAACAAGGAUGAACUGGUUGGAAACUUGUACAGCUGCAUAGGGAAUGCCCAGAUGGAGCUGGGGCAGAUGGUAGCAGCACUGCAGAGCCACAGAAAGGACCUGGAGAUGGCCAAGGAACAUGACCUUCCUGAUGCCAAGUCAAGAGCCCUUGACAACAUUGGAAGGGUUUUUGCCAGAGUUGGGAAGUUCCAGCAAGCCAUUGACACGUGGGAAGAGAAGAUACCUCUGGCAAAAACCACCCUGGAGAAGACCUGGCUCUUCCAUGAGAUCGGCCGCUGCUACUUGGAGUUGGACCAGGCCUGGCAGGCCCAAAACUACGGCAAGAAGUCCCAGCAGUGUGCCAAGGAAGAAGGGGACAUUGAAUGGCAGCUGAAUGCCAAUGUUCUGGUGGCACAGGCACAAGUGAAGCUGAGAGACUUCGAGUCAGCUGUGAACAAUUUUGAGAAGGCCCUGGAGAAAGCGAAGCUCCUGCAUAACAACCAGGCCCAGCAAGCCAUCAUCAGUGCCUUGGAUGAUGCCAAAAGGAGUAUCAUUGAAGAGCUGAGGAAAACGAACUACAGGGAGAUGCUCAGAGAAAAUAAAGAGAGAGAGAAACUUCCAACAAAUGAUGAAUGUGCUUCCCAGGGACAAAGAGAAAUGCACAAUAAAGAUGCCAGAGAAAAGGACCCUCCUGUCAUUUCCCAGCACCAGUGUUAUUUGUUGUCAGGAAAGAGAAUGUUCCGUGAGGGCAGACUGUCCUGGGUUCAAAUUCUGGCUCUGCCACUAAUUUAUUUGCAACGUGACCAUGAAGACGCUGCUGAACUGAAUACUACAACAGUGAUGGCAAAGGAGAAGGAAACAAGAAGAGCCAGAGAUGAGCCCAAGAAGGUGGUGAAGCAGUGGGAAAGAGAGCAAAAUGAGAGUGAGAAAGAGACAGAAGAUGAGCUUUCCAAGGACUCUCUGGGCAUCAGAACAAGCAGACAAGAAAAAUGGCAGAGAGGAAUAGAAAACCCCAUCCCCUUAGUGAGACCACGACUGGGCACCGAAGAGGUUGCCGAGAAACUGUAUGGAGAAGUAGGCAUGACAUCAGGAGAGGAAGGCAGCAGACCAUCAGAAGUGAGCAGACAGGAAUCAAGGGAAAUUUACAGGAGGCCUUCAGAACUGAACCAGAAAGUCUCAGAAGAAUUCAGUAGAAAGGAAUCAGAGGGACUAGAAAAGAGACUUUCAGAAACCAGCAGAAGAGAAUUGGAAGAACUGGAGAAAACAGAAUGGGAAGAAGUAGGAGAAACAGAAACAACAGAAAAUGCUGGAACAAUGGGAAAAAAUGAAAAGGAGGGCACCUGAAGCUAAUGUCACUGGGCAUUAGGAUCAGGGGGCUCGUGUUCACAAGGGACUACAGGGAUCUUAUGGAACUGGUCUUCCAUGUGUCUUUAAUAGGAAAAUUGUGGACUGGGCCUCACAGGUCACCUCUGCCUCUUUCUGUUACUGUUUCCCUUUAAAUACACGUCUUUCACUCUUACAAACACUGAGUCUGUCAUUUUGCCUCCUCCACCCCACCCAUUCUCAGGAGAGCCUUAGAGAAUGAAUGACCUGGCAUGGGGUACUACUUUCCAAGGGGAACUCUGGCUUUCCCCAAGGAGGUGAGGAACACCAAGAUCCCCAAACAAGGCCUAAUCCAGAGUGUGAUCCAGGUGUGAAAUGUGGUCCUCUCCCCCAAUCCCUGUCCGAAGACCUCAUGGAAGAAAGGGUUUCAGGUGGGUGAAGAAACAGGUGAGCUCCAAGGAACCAGGAAAGAUUAAAGCAGGGAGGAAAGAAAGACCUGGGAAUAGAAGUAUGUCUGUCCAGCUACUGGCCUGUUUCUUCUUGCUGAGUACCUGCUGUGUGCAGGGCACUGUGAGAGGCUUUACAGAAGAAAUAAUGAUGGGGCAGCUUCAGCCGUCAGUCAGGGGGCUCUAUUUGUAAACCCCUCAGCCCGGAAAACAAUUCAAUAAUGCUGGCACUGACAGGGGCAUUGUGCUCUGGGAGCCCGGAGGAAGAGAGGAGAUGUCUGUCCAAAAAGAGUGAGCAGACCCAGAGUAGGAGGAGCCGCUGGGCUCCACCUGUGCCGCCUCCAGAGGUACAGUCAGGUAAAUCAGACUCCCCAAGCUUGUUUCCUCCUCUGCAGAAUGGGUACGGUGCCUUGGGGGUUGAUGGGAAGAUUAUGAGUGUUUAGCACAGCACCUGUAACACAGGAAGUCCUCGAAAAUUCAACCGAGGUUUCAUCACUUCACAAAAGAGGUGGUGGCUGAGCAGCUGCCCCAGAGGAUGUCAGGAGUCCACAUAAUUCAUCUGCCCCUUUGGCCACUGCCAUCUUGGUUCCAUCUCUACAACUGCUGGAAGGCUGAGGUUAGGCUGGGAUCUGGACGGACUAGGGUGAGGCGAGUGAGGCAUUUCAGAUGCAACAUUUCACAAGGCUCCAACAAACUUACUCAGCAGGAUAAUCAGCAUUUUAAUGCAUUACUGUACAAAAUAAAAAUGCAAAAACCCAUGAUGAACAAAACAUCAAAAUGUGCAACAGAGACAGGAUCUGGCCUUGCACUUGCACGACCCCACCUCCCUCGCCUUAUUCUAAUUCUGGAACGGGUAAGGGUGACUGCUUCCCUCUUUACAGAGUUCGUCUUUAACUCGUGC